AAAAUAUGACCAGGGGUGCUUGGAUGCGUCGGCAGCAUGACGAAUGCUUAAAAUACUGGUUUGCACCUCGAGAGAACGAGAAGCCAUUCACGGAGCCGGAGCGGGCCCAGAGAUGGCGACAGUCGCUGGCCUCUCUGCUCUUUAUCACCGUCCUGCUCUCUGAUCACCUGUGGUUCUGCGCCGAGGCCAAGCUGACGCGGACCCGCGACAAGCGCUCGGACGAGGGGCUAGCUAUUACGGACGCGGGCGAGAAGAAGCAAAACUCCCCCCAACCACACCAUAUUCCAACAUCCCCCGACCCCCGCCGCCUCUCCAGAGUGCAAGAUGUUAUUUUUAUAGGGAAUUCUACCAAACCUCUGUGGCGGAUGGACACCUGUCACCCGGACAGCGUGUCCAGAGACUGCUUCACUUUCACUGACGCUCUGACCGUGUGCCUGGGCCUCUCUGGCGGGGAAGAAGAGGGGACACAGUCGGCGUACGUGAAUCUGAGCGAUUUGUACCUUUCUUUUUGUAAUUCCUACUCACUUUUGGAUUUGUUUUACGGGUUUACGAUGCCGGACGUUCUGAAUUGCUCCCUGGAUACGGCCAUGGGAUUGGAUCUGCUGGGAUGCGCGGAGUGUGUCCGAGCUUAUCAGCGUCUGGAUCGGCAGGCGGAGGAGAACUACAGGGAGUUUGAGCUGCUGGUCCAGAAGUACGAAACGGACGCGUAUUCAGUCAGGACGUGCAUGGAUGAGUGCAAGAUGGUUUAUAAGCCCUGGCUGUGUUCUCAGUACUUCCAGACCACCCAGAUACACUGCAGCAAUCGAAUCCCCUGUGGCCAGUACUGCCUGGAGGUUCAACAGCGCUGCCCCUUUGUCCUCCCUGACAAUGAUGAUCUCAUUCAUGGAGGCAGCCCAAGUUUUGUAUGCACAGGGUUGCUGGAGGACUACCCAUCAGGUGUUGACCCAAAUGCAGAGUGCUGUGACGUGCGGUGGGAUUUAAAAGUGGACAACGGUUCCAGAGGGACCUUAAAAAGAACUCACCCGCCAUGCCAGCAUUGUACCUCCCUCAGCUCCUCAGCAGCCUGCAGACUUUGUAACAGCCGGCUCAAACUCUGCCUGCUGGUCCUUGUCCUCCUACAGACUGUUGCCAGCCUCACUGCAUCCCACAAUGCAACAGGACUGGGCCUCCCCACCUUCACGCCUCUGGAGGAGAGCCCCACCAACGAGGAGUGAUAGAGCAGCUGAGCAGAUGUGAGGUUGCAGAAGGUGGGGGGGAUUCCCUCACCAUGGCAACCAGCUUGGAAAAAUACAGCAACGUUUGAUGCAAACGGCUGGAGCUGUGUGCCUGAAGACAUACUGCAACACUUUAUGAUAAACAAAAACAUAUGGAUGCUUUGAGAUGAGAGACGCUUAAAUCAAUCAAAACGAAGCAGUGACUAAAUAAACAGAUUCCCUCAAACUAAGGGUUUCAAGCAGACCCUUAGGUAGGAAAAGGGAACAAUGCCACAACCUUUGUUGAGAGGAAAGGUCAGCCUCCUCGUGGCUGAGUUUCUCUAACUACGCUUUUUUACACUGUGUUCCAAUUAUUGGUUUCUGUUGCACUGGCUGACUAUGGAAUAACACAAUCAUAUUCUUUCUCUGACGUUCAUUAUUUGUCUUUUAUGUGGUUCCCACAUUCAGGAACAAAAUGAUUCCUUUAAGGCCCUGUUUACUCGACAACGAUACAUUGGAAACGGGAUUUUCUUUCCGUUUCUGUUAACACGUCUACACGACAGCAUUGUAAUAGCAAUCUCUGUUCACAUGGCAACAGUAGUCAUGAAAAUUGUGUAAUUCCCCCAUCACACCACUAGUUGGUAUGGUGGUAAGUUCUUUAAAACAAUAACAAGCGCAAACACUUCCUGCUUAACAACAGGGAAAAAAUUUGCAUAUUGUUGGAGAACAGUCAUUAGAUUUAAAAGAGUCAGCAGUACAACUCAAUACUCUGGAGUCCACCAUUGUUACUGUUUUAAAUCUCUGUCUUCUGUGGGUGUUAAACUGAUCGGGAUCUGUUAUGUUGUGUGCAUUAAUUUUUUAUUGAUUUCAGUCAUACUGUGCAUGAGCCAGGGCUUCCCCUUCUAGACAACAUUGGAGACCAGGACAUUUUCAAACUGUUACACUCUGGAACGCGUUUUCAAAUUGUGCCAUUUUCAGAGAAAACAAACAGCAGAAACACAACUAAACUUUUCCGUCUUUAUUAGAAAAUGUUCUCGUGUAAACAGGGCUUAAGUAAGAAAGAAAAUGUGUGUGUGUGUGAGAGAAAGAGAGGGAGAGAGAGAUAGAAUGAGUGCAUGUUGCUAUGCCAAAAGUCUAUUUAAAAGGCUGAUGAUUUUAUGGCGAGCCCCUCAGAUUUCCUCUGCUCCACCAUGGGAAUUGGGCCAUAUUCUUGUUAGGACUUCAUUGGGUUUAAAUGUGGUUCUGACUUCCAUUAAACAUUCUUUAUUUAACAAAUGCAUAUAGGACUUCUCUGAAUUUGAUCAGUGAGAAAAUAUUCACCAAAUAACAGAGUUUAGUAUCAAAAUAUUUUUUGUGUGUUCCAAUAAAAGCAAACACUGGGCUCAGGAAAGUUUUAUCAUGUUAUCUAAACAUUUUUCCAACCCUUUUCUUUCUUAUGCUUAUAUGUAAUCAAUCAACAACUAUGACAGAAUUAAGCUGAUAAGUAAUACACACUUCUUUCUCUAAACCUAAGUGGGAAAAGUGAAAUUUGACAUGACCUAAUGGUGAAAUCCUACAUGUUACUUUGUGAUUAUGAUUGUUUAAGUAAAGUUUUUAAAAGGCUCAUACACAUUCAUUUUUCUAUAUCUAUUGUUUACUUCUAAUUGUGUGAGCUUGAUACAUUGUAUUUAAAUGCUAAAUGCAUGCAGAGUACCCCCCAGCAACCCAGAGAAAAAGGUUAAUUAAUUAAUAAACAAUUACUUUCACUGCCCCCCAAACACUGGAUGUCCAGGAGUGAGACACAAAUUGAAGUCCGGCUUGGGUAGCCCAUUUAAUCAAACCUAAAAUUCACCACCGAGGGCCACUUGCUCAUAUGGAUCAGUUUCCUAGGGGCGCAUUAGAAUAGGUCAGUGUUUUUCAACCUUUUCUGAGGCAAUGUACAUUAUUUUCAUUGAAAAAAUCACGAGGCACACCACCAAUCAAAAAUGUUAAACAAAUGAUACUCGGUAUUAACAAUAUAAUCAUUCUUAUCAAAGUGUCUUGAAUAGGAAUCAAAUAAACACAAAAAUGUA